AUGCUUGAGGGUUCAAUGGUGACUCAGACGAUUGUUCUAGCUGUGACGGAUGAUGUGGUCUUGCCUGUUAGCUCUGUUUUAACUGUAAUGGAAGAAGUGCUUGGGAAGGAAGUGGUUGUUGAACGUUGUGAUCCUAUGAUUAUUACUCAGGCCUCCACAAUAAGUCAGGUUCCUUUAGAUUCUUCUUCAGUGGACGCUGUUCUAGCCAUUUCCAGAACAUUUGAGUUCCCUAGUGAUAAAAUAUAUGGCGAGUUCUCAAGAGUUUUGAAGCCUGGUGGUUCGGUUUUUGUGUGCGCUAAUUCAGAGAGUGGUAAAACUGUAGAAUUGCAACAGACCCUUCAAAAGAGAGUGACGUUUGCUGGUUUCAUGGAGCCACAAUCUCUUGAUUUGAUGUCAAUCAAGCUGCCUAACUUCAGCUUGUCCGUUGGGAUUUUGGCAAAGAAACCUUCCUGGAAGAUUGGUUCAUCGUUUGCUCUGAAAAAGCCUGCAAAAACGCGCUUGAAGGUUAAUCUAGACGAUGACUUGGAUCUAAUUGAUGGAGAUUCUCUUUUGACAGAGGAAGACUUGAAGAAGCCACAACUUCCUGCUGUCAGUGGUUGUGAGACCACUAAAAAAGCUUGUAAGAACUGCGUUUGUGGGAGAGCUGAGAUAGAGGAGAAAGCUGUGAAGCUGGGUCUCACAGAGGAUCAAAUUGAGAACCCACAAUCAUCAUGUAGCAGCUGUGGGCUCGGUGAUGCCUUCCGCUGUGGUACAUGCCCUUACAAGGGUCUCCCACCCUUCAAACUAGGCGAGAAGGUAACCCUAUCUCAAAACUUCCUUGAAGCUGACAUAUAA